UUUUUAACUUUUUCAGUUUAUUGCAGUCUUGCAGGUUAUGGAACAGAAGUUAGCGAUAUGGAGAAUAAUUUAAUAUAUAACUGGAAAUAGUGAUUGUAUUGGGAGAUUUUCUCACAUAAAUUUUAAAGAUUAUUGAAAGCACUUAAUAUUUCUAUCGUUGAAUCGCAGUGAUUUUAUUUAAUUCACGUAUGUAAAAUUAUUAUUUAGUAUAUAUAUAUACUAAAUAAAAUAAGAAUAUAGUAAUAUGGCAAUAAGAAAAACGCAAUAACAAUAAUACAAAAUUAAUUAAAUUAUACGGUGAAAUUGGAACAAGAGAAAAAUCACAAGUUUCUCGUGGUACGGGACAAUAAGAAAAUAACAUUAGUAGAAAAAGACAUGCCAAGGAAUUUAUGAUGCAAUGGAGUUGAAGGUGUGGGUUGAGGGUAUUCAACGUAUUGUUUGUGGUGUCACCGAAACAACCACUUGCCAGGAUGUAGUUUAUGCUCUUGCACAUGCAACAGCACAAACUGGACGGUUCACCUUGAUUGAACGUUGGCGAACGAGCGAAAGGCUUCUCGCUCCUUAUGAAAACCCUCUAAAGAUUUUAAUGAAAUGGGGAGAAUAUGCGUCCGAAGUGCAAUUGAUAUUAAAGCGAUCUACCCCAGAGUCAAAUAAAACACCAGGUCCUUCGGGUACAAGAUUAGUUCAUGGAAGUAGGCCAAGCGGAUUACCCAGUUCGCUGGGAGAUCAAUCACUCAAUCCCUAUGAAGAUGCUAAAUGUAGCCCGACUAAUCCAAUUCAAGAAUUCGACGAUGUACAAGACGGCCUAGAAAGAAAUCGAGAUAUUAGAAAGUCUUUAACCUUUAGUGGCCUUCAUGGAAACACGUCGGAAAAUACGUCUGAGGUACAAAUGGAAAAUGUUGCCAUAGUUCAGCCUACACCGCAAUUAAAGUCAAAAGACUUUAAUAUGCGGAAAAUAUCUCAAAAAACCGCUCAAUCUCCAACGAGAACAACAGCCGCUGAAUCUAUAUACAUGUCUCAGAAAAAGGCUCGAGAAGUUCCACCUUAUAGAGAUCCACCGGGUCCUAGUUCUCCGCCUUUAAGGACAUUGCCUCCGUAUCGUGAUCCACCACCACCAAAUUUUAGUAGUCCUGGAAGAUCUCAAGGUGUGUCUGGUGCAAGAGGCAACAGUCCACGUCUACAUAAAGAGGAUCAGCUGUCUUCUAAUAAUGCAAUAAAAUCUAAAAAGAACCUCAAUCAGGAGUUUCAAGAAAGUAGAAGUCCAAGUCAAAAUAUGAACCAAGUAACAGGACAAUCACAAAAUGCGGCUGGCACCGCGUACAGUCAAAGAUAUAUUGAGCUUAUUAGACUAGUCAAUAGACAAAGGGACACACUUAAUUCACAGCAAGCAGAUAUGACAAAGUAUGAUGCGGAAAUACUUUAUUGGGAGACCAAAAAUAGGGAACAAAUGCAUCAAAUGGAUUUUAUUGCUCAAGAAGUAAGCCGUCUUGAAACUGCUGGACGAAAAAUUGAGGAACAGUUAAAAGAAUUGGCACAUGUAGAAGAAGAAAAUGAAAUCGUCAAACAGCAGGAGAAAACUCUCAAGUCCGAGAUAACACUUUUGAGAUCAAAGUUGGCAAACUGUGAAACUGAACUUCUUCAAUGUAAAAAUAAAAUUAGAUUGGUAAUGGAAGAAUUGGCAAUAGAACAACACAAUAUCAGUCGCAAGACAGAUGAGCAUCAAAUGAUGGAGCGCAAAAUGAUAAGUGAAGUGGAACAUUUACAAAGUGAAGUCGAGCAAAUAAAACGAUCUGCUGAAUUAUCGACACAAUGUGCUGAAUCAUUGAAAAUGGAAGUUGCCAGUUUAGAAUCUGCAAUUGGGGAGAAAAAAUUGCAGGUCGAAAGAUUAGUGGCGGAUAUGAAGGAAGCAAAUUUACAAAGUUUAACUGUUGGUCCUCAGGAUGAGCAGGUUAAACAUCUUUUAGAAGGCGCACAGCGACCUGGCAGUACACGAAAAAUGAUAGGAUCUCCAAGACAAUUAGAAACUGCAGUGCCUACUAGCAAAAAUCCUCACGGUGUGUGGGUAUAAAUUAAUAAUCGAAUCAAAUGAUCUCCGCGAUGAAAUUUAGUAAUCGCUAGAAACGAAGUGCUCUUCAUUACAACCCGAUAUUAAUUUGUAAAUGAUUUUUAGUAAGUAGAAUUCUUAAGUGAAAAGAAUUUUAAUCUAUCGUUAAGACAAAGGGCAACCUAACUUAAUUUUAAAGAUUUUUUUUUUGUGUUUUUGUUUUAUUCAACUUAAUUUUUUUCCCUCCACUCUUCGGUGUGAAUUUUAAACUACUAGUUCGCAAAAAAGUACUUAUCAAUUUUUAAUCACUAUAAAUUUUAAUUAUUCACAUAUAUGUGAAGAAACUUGAAUCAAUUUUUUAAAAUUAAUUUAAUGUUUUUUAAAAGUAUUAAAAUUUUUUUUUGUCCUAAAAUAUCCCAAAAAGACUGAAAAAAAAAUUAUUAGAAAAUAUAAAAUACAAUUUUCCUACACGAAUAGCAUAUUAUAUAUAUAUAUAUAUUCUAAAGGAGUCCAUUUUCAUAUCAUAAGUCAAUUUUCUUAGUAUAUUUUAAGGAAAUAAAAGAAAAAAAGAGAAUCACCUCGAGUUUAUUUAAAAAGUCACUUAUUAUUUAUCUUCGAGUAAUAAGAUAAAUAAUUUCAAGUGAUUGUAAUAUUUUGUCAAAUAUUGCCAAUUAUUAUUAUUAUUAUUAUUAUUAUUAUUAUUAUUA